UAUUUAGGUUUUUUGCCUUUGUUAAACCCUCUCCCUCUCCCUCUCCCUCAGUCACUCAGUCCCUUUCGCAGAACCCUCGUGGCCGGCGAGUUGCGCCACCGGCAGCCCAUUCUUCUUCCUUUUUCUCUGUAAAGGGAUAAAAGAUGGCAGUGGAUAAAGAUAGGCUUCGGGAAGAAGAAGAAGCAUCCUUUGUUCGUUUUUGCAAAAUUAUUCUCGGCUGGGACUAUUUUGGUCUCCUCACAGAAGCUGCUAAACAGAAAAAGGAGCGUGGCAAGGGAGGUGGUUCGGGUUUAAGACAAGUAAAGAAUACGUACAAAGAUGUUGAUGAUUAUCUUGCGACUUUCGAGCCCCUUUUAUUUGAAGAAGUUAAAGCUCAGAUUAUUCAAAAGAAGGAUGACGAAGAAGUGACAGAAUGGGUUCUGAGACUUGUAGUGGAAUGCAAUGAGUCAGAGGGAUUUCUUUUACCUUCAGUUACUUAUGGAGAUGAUGAAGGCGAGAAAAUAGUACAAAAUGAUCUUUUGCUGCUUUCAGAAGAUCAGUUUAAAGAGGGUGGUGGAAAAUUCCCCCAGGUCUACGCAUUUGCCUUGGUUGAGCAACGCCAACAUAACCUUCUUAGACUUAGAAUGUUUUUAGCUGGGGAGGUCAUGAAUUUAAAUACAGAUGUUAUUGAAUCUCGUACAAGACUGUUGAAGAUGCACGGUUUGAUUACUUCUCCUGGAUUGCUGCAUGAGAAACGCUUGUUUAGUGUAAAGAUAUGCAGCCUAUCAACGAUCUCUCGUGAAUACUUUGCUUUGCGGUCAAUUGGCUCUCUUCCUUUCAAGGAUUUAAUACUAACAGCUGCUGAUAAAAGUUCCGGUUCUGAAGACCAGGCAUGGAAAGUUUCCCAACCUCUGUCUGAACAUUUUCAAGGAAGUCUUAAUAAGUCACAAAUGGAAGCAAUAGACGCUGGUCUAUUGCGCAAAGCCUUUGUCUUGAUACAGGGUCCUCCUGGAACCGGGAAGACACAAACUAUCCUCGCUCUUCUUAGUGCAAUUUUGCAUGCAACUCCAACAAGAGUGCACACCAUGGCUGGGUUGCAUGAAACUAAACGCGGGUCAGAACUACCAAUUCAAGAAAAGUACAAUCAUUGGGCACGAGCUUCUCCAUGGUGGACUGGUAACAAUCCGAGAGAUAAGAACAUGCCUAAAGAUGGCGAUGAUGGUUUUUUCCCUACCAGUGGAAAUGAUUUUAAACCAGAAGUCAUUGCUUCCAGUCGCAAAUAUCAUGUACGUGUGUUGGUAUGUGCCCCAUCAAACUCUGCUCUAGAUGAAAUAGUGUUGCGCCUUCUCAAGACAGGUGUUCAUGAUGAAAAUGUCCGUUCAUAUAAUCCUAAAAUUGUGCGGAUUGGUCUUAAAGCUCAUCAUUCUGUCCAGUCAGUCUGCAUGGAUAACCUUGUGAAACAAAAACAAGGUGAAUCAGCUUCUGAUAAACAGAAACAUAGAACUGCAGGAGGGGAUACAGACAGUAUCCGUGCUGCUAUUCUAGAGGAAUCUGUAAUUGUCUUUUCCACCCUCAGCUUCAGUGGUUCGGCACUUUUUAGUAAAUUGAACCAUGGUUUCGAUGUUGUUAUUAUAGAUGAAGCUGCCCAAGCUGUUGAACCAGCAACUCUUGUGCCAUUGGUCAAUGGAUGCAAACAAGUAUUUCUGGUUGGUGAUCCAGUUCAACUCCCAGCUACUGUAAUUUCUCCCACUGCUGGGAAAUUUGGCUAUGGCACGAGUUUGUUUGAAAGGUUUCAAAGAGCUGGUUAUCCAGUAAAUAUGCUGAAGAUGCAGUAUCGUAUGCAUCCAGAGAUAAGGAGCUUUCCUUCAAGUGAAUUUUAUGCCGAGGCACUGCAGGAUGCAGAUGAUCUUGAGAGAAGGACAACACGUGAUUGGCAUCAGUAUCACUGCUUUGGUCCGUUUUGCUUCUUUGAUGUACAUGAAGGGAAAGAAUCUCAGCCUUCUGGAAGUGGGUCCUGGGUGAAUGUUGAUGAAGUUGAAUUUGUGCUACUCCUGUAUCAUAAACUGGUGACCAUGUAUCCAGAGCUUAGGUCGAGCUCACAGUUUGCAAUUAUAUCACCCUAUAGACACCAAGUCAAGCUUUUCCAGGAUCGAUUUCGGGAUGCUUUUGGGCAGGAGUCCAAAAAAUUUGUGGAUAUUCAAACUGUUGAUGGUUUCCAGGGUCGAGAAAAGGAUGUCGCAAUAUUCUCAUGUGUUAGGUCAAAUGAUGAUAGAAGGAUUGGGUUUGUAUCUGAUGCCCGGCGAAUGAACGUUGGUAUCACUCGCGCUAAGUCCGCUGUCCUGGUCGUAGGGUCAGCAUCAACUUUGAGGAAUGAUGAGCAUUGGAACAACCUUGUGGAAAGUGCCGAGAAGAGAAAUGUUCUAUUCAAGGUCUCGAAGCCGUACUCUUCAUUUUUCAGUGACUCAAAUCUCAACUCCAUGAAGGUGGAGAGAUCACUACCAGAUGGACUUGACACGGGGGACAUGGAGAUUAAUGAGCUCAUGGAUGUACAUCGGGAACAUGCUGAUGAAGAACAAGCAGAGGACAAUGACUUAGAAGAUGGUGAAAUGGAUGGAGGUGGCUAUGAUGAGGACUGAUGUAAACUGGCUUCUUAUGUCGAUGGAUCCACUCUAUAUGCUUUUAGUUUUAGCCAAUUGAUAUUCCUGAGAUCCUCUAAAUGGAGGGUGCUGUAAAAAGAAACAGAAGGAUGCUGAUGAGUACUUCAAUUGAGAUGGCGACUAGCGGUGAAGAUAAUGAGGCAACCGCGCAAGUAUUUAUUCUAACCGGUCACUGGCAAUUUAUCCAGUGGCAUGCAUUCUGUCAGUCACGAGAGCUCUUUAGCAGUUAUUUAUGAGAUGCAAGUAUGUCGAUUGAUACCCGAGAAGAGCUAUUGUUGUCUGAUGCUGCUGAGUGCUGAGGAACUACAUAAAUGGAAAGGAUAGACUUCAAAAUAUUGUUUCAUUCUCAAGAAGGGGGUUUUUUUAUUUUAGUAAAAGAAACUCUAAAUAUUUACAAACAAAUAUUUGAUUUCCCAACUGAAGUUGCAUGACCAAUACUGUGGUUUUUGUGCUAUCA